AUGGCGCCGGCGUCGCGUUCGCGCAGCCCGCCCGCCGCCAGCCCCGAGCGCCGCGGCCGCCGGUCCCGGUCCCGGUCGCGCUCCCGUGAGCGCAACGGCCUGAAGCGCCCGAGCCACCGACGGAGCCGCAGCUGGUCCCGCUCCCGCGAGCGCACCCCCGGCGGGCCGCGCUCCGCCGCGCACCACGGCCACCACCACGGCAAGGCCUGGCCCGAGUACUACGAGAAGGAGAAGGAGGAGAUCCUGCGGCAGAGGAGACUCAAUGAGAGAGAGAGAAUUGGAGAACUGGGGGCACCUGAAGUCUGGGGACUGUCACCAAAGGUUCCUGACCCCGAUUCCGAUGAGCAUACACCAGUAGAAGAUGAAGAGGCAAAAUCCAAGAGUAGUUCUUCAGAUUCCAGCUCAGAAGAGGAAAAAAAGAAAAAGAAGAAGAAAAGAAAGAAGAAAAAGCGGAAGGCAUCCAAAAGAAAAAGCAGAAAACAUUCUGAGGACAGCGACAGCGAGUCAGAGUCUGAGCAGAACUCCAGCGAUGAAGAUAAAAAGAAAAGCAAGAAGAAGAAAAAGAAGAACAGAAAGAAGAAGUAUAAGAAAAAGAAAAAUAAAAGAAGCAGGAAGGAAUCCAGUGAUUCAAGUAGUGAGGAUUCUGAUGAUGAAACGUUUCAAGGGGAAGAUCUCUGGAUUGAGAGGUCAAAAAAUACAGAAGCUGAUAGCUUGAUUGGACCAGAAGCCCCCAAAACUCAUGCAUCUCAGGAUGAUAGGCCUUUGAACUACGGACAUGCCCUCUUGCCUGGUGAAGGUGCAGCCAUGGCAGAGUACGUAAAAGCAGGAAAACGUAUACCCCGGAGAGGUGAAAUCGGCUUGACCAGUGAAGAGAUUGCAUCGUUUGAGAGCUCUGGUUAUGUCAUGAGUGGCAGCAGACAUCGCCGAAUGGAAGCUGUGCGUCUGCGUAAAGAGAACCAGAUUUACAGCGCAGAUGAAAAGAGAGCUCUGGCAUCUUUCAACCAGGAGGAGAGGAGGAAACGAGAGAAUAAGAUCCUCGCAAGUUUUCGAGAGAUGGUCUACAGAAAGACUAAGGGCAAAGAGGAAAAAUAAUUCUUUAUUUGAACUGUACACCAGAGAUUCUACUAAGCAGCAGCUAACCUGUUCCAGUCAUAAUUUGAAAAAAGCUCCAAGUGCUGCAGUGCCUUUCACCCAACAGGGCCAAGCCUCAGGAGUGGAUCACUUGUAUGAAGGAAAUACUUUUGUCAGAUUGUCUUGGAUGAUUUAUUCACAGUCUACAGGGAAUCCCUGUAAAGUGAAAGGCUACAAGGCAGGGAAGGCAGGAACAGGCAGGGAAGGUUAGAGCUGGCAGUGUUCUGUGCUCACUUUCAAUUGGAAAAGCAGGAGGAUUCCAUGGAAGGACUUUUGUUACCUGAUGCUGACAAGUGUGAUUUUUCCAUUUAUUUUGAUUAAUGAGAGUAGGCUGGCCAUCAGAAGCAAGCUACCAGUAACAGCAGCAAAAACGAAGGAACUCCUCCUCGGUUCCUGUUUAAGAUCUAAGACUAUCCACUUAGGUUUUUUUUUUUUUGUAAGUCUUUUAGAUACUAUUUUUUUUCUCGAAACAGUUGUUUGGUUUGUGGUUCAAACUAGACUUGUAAAUAGAAAUGAGUUUGUAAUUUAAUACAGAUGGGCUUCAAUUAAAGCAAGCAGAUUGCCAUUGGGGUAUAAAUAGGAGGGUCUGAGCUUCAAUCUGCCAAAGCCCAUGGUGGAGAACUACGUUGCUUGCUUCUUUUUCUCCUAUGUUAUACAUAGGUAUCAGAGCAGUGGGGUGCAGUGAUUGGAACCCCUGGAUGUACACAGAUGGUAACAAGGAUGUGUCUUUUAAUUUAUUUUCAUUUUUUUUGCCUGUGGAAUUGUUCUAGAUUAAAACCUUAUUUUAAUUCCUGUGGUACUUUAAUUUGGUCUGUUUCAGCAGUAUCACAGGCUUUCUUUAAACUCUGUGCUUGGAGGCCUAUUCCGGAUAGUGCUUCUGUGGUGGUUAUCUUUGACUCAACUGCAUAUUUCCAAACAUACUGCGUGUUAGCCACCUUUUUCUCAAAUGCUUUUAAAGCCAAAAUGUUUUCUAAAGGCUAUUUUUUUUUUUUUUUUUGGUUCUCCCGAGUCUCUGUGUUGUAGUUCUGGCAGCAGAGAUGUCUUGUAUAUUUGUAUAAAGAAAAUAAAAGUCCUAUAACAUUUGCCCUGGAGUUCUUCAGACCUGGUGUUCGCAAACAAGCAAGUCUGGCCCAGUUGCCUCUUCCUGUUUGCGCUCUGGAACCUGGUUCCAUCUUGCUAUACCCACCACACCUGCAAGGGACCGUUAUAUAAAGCCAGCUGCCAGGUCAGGCUGUAGUUAAUUUUGCACAGAUUUAAUGCUUUUUAUGUAUCCACAGAGCAGAAAUGCUAAUAAGGAUGAGUCAUUCUUUCUUA